AUGAUUAGAACCAUCAAACCUAAGAAUGCUCGUUCCAAGAGAGCAUUAGCUAAGAAGGAAGCUAGAUUAAUAGAAAACACCAAGACUGCGUUAUUCGUACCAGGAUCUACAUCUAAUAAAUUUUUACAUGAUGCUAUGGUUGAUUUAAUGGCAUUAAAAAAACCUGAUAUCAAAAAGUUUACUAAAAAAAAUGAAAUAAGACCAUUUGAAGAUCCUUCAACUUUAGAAUUCUUCAGUGAAAAGAAUGAUACUUCAUUAAUGGUAUUUUCCAGUCACAACAAAAAGAGACCAAAUACUUUGAUUUUCACAAGAUUUUUCAAUCAUAAAAUAUAUGAUAUGAUUGAAUUAUCAAUCCAACAAAACCAUAAAUUAUUAGAAGAAUUCAAAAAGAUUACAUUCACUGUUGGUUUAAAACCAAUGUUCACAUUUAAUGGACCAGCUUUUGAUAAUCAUCCAGUUUUCCAACAUUUAAAAUCAUUAUUUUUGGAUUUUUUCAGAGGUGAAGAAACUGAUUUACAAGAUGUUGCCGGUUUACAAUAUAUCAUAGCAUUAUCAACUGGAGAAAUUGAAGAUCCAAACUCUUCAACUUUACCCCUUUUACAUUUCAGAGUUUAUAAAUUAAAAUCUUAUAAAUCAGGUGAAAAAGUUCCAAGAAUUGAAAUUGAUGAAAUCGGUCCAAGAUUAGAUUUCAAAAUUGGUAGAAGAUUAACACCAGCUCCAGAAUUAGAAAAGGAAGCUUUCAUGAAACCUAAACAAUUACAAGCUAAAGAAAAGAAGAACGUUUCUACUGAUUUCAUGGGUGAUAAGGUUGCUCAAAUUCAUGUUGGUAACCAAGAUUUAGGUAAAUUACAAACUAGAAAGAUGAAAGGUUUGAAGGCCAAAUAUGAUCAAGAUUCUGAAGAAGAAGUUUUUGAAAAUGAUGAAAUUGAAAUUGAUGAAGAUGAAGAAAUGUCAGAAUAUGAAUCAGCCAAUGAUAAUUAA